AUUUUGUAGAUCUCCGGAAGAUCAAACGUGUCGAAGAGCGGCAGCUAAAGCCACCUAAGUUUGAGGUUCCGCACGUUGUGCAAGCUGCUUCGUCGGAGAUAGUCUUUCAAGUAAAGACAAAAUUUCGUAGUUGUAAAGAAAAAAAUGACCAGAGUCGUGGUGAGAUUACCGAUGCGCUACUGCACGCGGUAGGUGUCGAUGUCGCAACGGAUAUGCACGACAUCACCAAAGAGUUUAAUACUUUCGCCAUGAUGCACGGAAACUGGAGUGAGGCUGUUUUUCGCCGUUUUCGCGGAAUCAUAGACACAGAGACUGACCUCUCUGCGCUCGACUCCGACUUGAAGAAUGCGCCGAGCAGUUCUUCAGCAAUCGCGAGCUACUCCGUACACCUCACACGGCUUGUCAGGCAGCGCUGCUCCGAUGUAAUUGAAAAGUGGGUUAACGCAGAUCUACAACUAUUUGGAUGGGCAUUGGACAUGGACGGGGCGGCGUACUUACAUUUCUAUGUCCUUGUUUACAUGUGGAAAUGCAUAUCUGACGGCUCGCGUGCUCGAUCCGUGCGCCACAUUAAAAAGUUCGAGCAAGAUCGGGAGGCAUGGCGGCAGUUUGUCGUUAAAUCUAUUCUGGCUGAUCCACGUGGACAAAGCGAAAUGAUGGCCGAGCGCGUGAUGGAUUCCGCAACACAGACGUUAGUCAAAUUGACUACCAAGGCUCUCUCUGCAACAGCGAAAUCGCAGCUGCUUGAUCACGCUCCGCUUUUCACUGCGGCAGCUGUGCAAAGCUCCUUAGACGAGCGGCUUCCUUUCAACCCCGCAGCAGACUCAGAUGAAGUGGUCCGCUAUGCCACUGACCAAGCCAACUUCAUAAGUGACGAGUUCGAAAAGCGAUGGAAAGAUUAUGCCAUGUUGCUUUCGUUCUCGUUCAAUGUUUGCACUGAAGGAUACGAAUAGCAUCAGUAAUGAAAAGGCGACUACUUCUUCUGGGUUAAGCGUCAAACUCUACUGCGUGAUUUCUUCACUUUGCAUGAAGAACAUGCAAAGAUGGAAUUCGGAAUAUGAAUUAUCUUUGGCUUUGAUGUCAUUCCGUUUCUCAUCAUGUAAGAAGGCCAUGAAAGAAUAUGACAACUUCAAACUUGAAUCGAUAACAUAAGAGAGCCUGGGCUUAGAAAACUAAAGAAAAUGCCCAUAUUACAAGCAACUUAUAUUUUUUACCAAUACACCGUUCGAAAAAAAGAUAUUGCGAAAUCGAAAAGCAUUCUUACGUAGCAUUGUCAUUAAGCUACUGACGCUAAUGUCGUUUCCGUAUCCGCUCUCUCUUCUAAAACAUGCACUACCAGACGUUGAAGGCAAGGCUUGUCACGGAGUUCCGAUAUGAAGUCCGCACAGCACUGGAAAAGUUGUUGAAGCAUCUGGAGAAUAUCAGAAAGUUUCUCAAGACAGGUCGGGAAGCUGGUUCGAAUUUAUUUUCGACUUCGGCGCAACCGGGUCGUACCUGCUUCAAUGUGAGCUCUUCGGAUCAGCAAAGCGCAACCUUUGCUUUCUUCAUCGACUCCUGCGUGGGUAAUAACCGCCAAAGCGAUUUAUACCGAGACGACACUACGUGGACGUGGGCCGAAAAUUCUAACUUUAGGGAUGAAUAUCAAUAAGUAUCUGAUGAUAUCGCUGAUCGUCAAGAGCAAGAAACUCAUCAGAGUGGAAUUACCAACAUGGUUCUCGAUAUUUGCAAUUUUCUCAUCCUCGAAUAUAUUGAAAGACAGAUUUUGUUCGUUUGAGAAGAUAUUGCGUCCUUUGGUUGUCCUCUUCCACGGUCCACCUCAAUAUAAAUAAAUACUUCUGAUGAGGCGGACCACCGGAGAAAAAAAUCUGGAAGGCCCGCCAAUGAUAUCCAUCCGAAACUGAAAUUCAAUUUGUUGAUGCUAUUUGCGUAAGAAAAGGAACUACAUCUACAACUUCUCAUGUGACUAUGAUGAAUAAAAAUGAUAGACUGUAUAUAUAUUUAUAUUUAUAUAUAAGUAUUAUGAAUAUGGAUUACUUAGUCCUACAUCCAGGAAUCGUGCUAAUGCGUGGGAGAUCUGCAGUGUGCAUGAUCUGGAGAGUUGGGGCUCCGUGCCUUUUGUGAACAUGCAGACACGCCAUGGCGUCAUUUCGUCACUGGAGGUGUUUUGCGACGCACUGGCACCUCGUUGUCUGACAAAGCUGCGCGAGAUGGAGACUGAAGGAUCACUCAAAUUGGACAUCACGGAUUUGGGCCUCGACAGCAUUUACUACAAAUUCAAAGAGGACGCUAUUGGUUGUUCGGCGUGUUGUCCGGUGUGCGGACGAAAGUGCGACAGACCGGAACCUGGCAGUGCAACCCACCGCCAUGCUUGUGCUUUAGGCCACCAGCUGCGUGUAAUGGCUGGCGUCACGCAAGGCGGUAUGCCGUCGUUUCAAACGUGCGAUGAGAUUCAAGACGACGCAAAUAUUCGAGAUCUUCGGACACGAAAGUGGAAGACCUGGCGCGAACUGAAAACUGAGUAUCCCGAGUGGGAGUUCCAGUACUGCGAGGAUGCCAGCACCAAGAUCACAAAUAUCACCAAAUUUCGGUAUUGCACGGAACUAAAUUUUUGUACCUUUAUAUCAAGGAGAUCACGAUAUCGAACGCAACUUUCUUCAUCAGUUGACUAAGCUCUAAGUAUGGAAUUAUCUUCAAGCUGCAUUGACUCCCUUUGCCUUGUACUUUUUGUUUUUAUCAAUUUUUCUCCUUCUAUCACCGAACAAAGAUCAUCUUCAUCUCGUUCAUGAUCUCUUUCUCUCUUUACUCACAGAAACUGUUGGCAGUUCCACGGAAAGCGGAUUUGCGAACAUCAUACGCGAAGCGGCAAACCCAUAACUUUUUCACUUCUGAAACCGCGAGAUCUCCACAUAGUGUACGUUAUUGAUACGGACUCCAACGAAAAAUGUAAUGGCCUAUACCACUCAAUAUGUGAAAUGUGCAAUGAUCAUGAUAUGGAGGAGCAGUAUAUGUCGAUCAUCCACGCUGACGCUAAGAGCACGCUGCAGACAGUUGCCCCAACGCGAAUCAAGGACUGGCUUUGCGCUGUCAAGAAUGAGUCAGCUUCCACAAUCAUAGCUGCUAUGCGGGGUUGGGAUGACGAACGUGUAGAUGUCAGUAUUGUAGAUUUCUUGAUUCGACACAAUUCGAACUACAUGCGGCAAAGAGUCCACCUACGCAGGGAACCGCAGUUACCAAACACAGAGAAGGUUCGCCUUUUCGAAGCAUUGUAUCACCCCACUCUGGACAGACCCGACGCCUUGUUAACGACAGGGGUGGCAUAUGUUACUAACGACAUGCGGGAAGACCCACUUGCGCAGUUUAUCUGUGAGCGAAGAGGACAUGACCAUUUCGACUUUAUGAGGGAAGUGGACUUCAGGAAGUAUGCGAAGCGGGUCGAAGAAGUUGGAAAGAAAGCGGCCAUUGUCGUAGCGGACCGACUGAGAGCAAUUUUGCAGGAAGAAGCGAGCGCAAAUUCUCUCGAUUGGGCUUGGCGGGUCUUGUCGCUUGACGAAGGUUCGUCGUCUCCCGACGUCUUGGAUGCAGCUAUAGAUCUGACAAACGCACUCUACCGCUUUUGCGAGCGGGAACAGCCGAAUAGUCCUGCAGCUGCCGAUGCUAGAGCGGCAAUCGAGCGUGUAUCAGAAGCGAAAAAACGUCUUCUGCAAUGUUUGCGCUGACUUACCUGAACGAGGAUCGCGUCAACAUUUUACAGCAAUUUGUUAUUUGCUGAUGCACGAAGACGAAGGAAACUGAUCGUAUUGUUCUUCUAUUUUAGUAUGAACGAGAAGGAAGUUUCGCUUCCGAAAUCCGAAUUCGAUUGCGUCGUGGAAAACCUACGAGUACCAAUAGGAGUACAACAUUUUCAACUUGCUUUGUAAGCCUCUCAACCUACUCGUACUCACAUGAUCUCUACUAGGAGCACUUCGAUGCUAAAACUACAAAUACGGUCACGAAUUUGUAUUUGUCAGUUCCAUUUCGAUUUCCUGUUCGUGGAAACAUCAUUACUGAACGUUUUUCUGAGAUUGAAGAUAUGCAUUCAAUCCGGAUUUUGAUGCCCCUACUCGGAAUUUUAUGAUUUAAAUCUAUUCCAAGAACGAGAAGGCUGGCAUCGUAUGAAAAUACGAAGUGUAAUGAAGAUCAUAUUAAUAAAUAAAGAAAGAUGAAAAAGUUAAAGUAGAAUUUACAUAUUUAUUGUUUUUGAUAUCAAGCAGGCACCCCCACCCAUUCACGAGAAAUCAAAAGCUCUGCUUCAUUCCGCAUUUAACGAAACGCAAUCGCGGACCACUUCCACUUCGCAACCCGAAGUGUGAAAAUUUUAUUCGAGGUCUCACGCAAAAAGUCAGUGUCAGACAGCACAUACAAGAAAUCUCCAAAGGUGCGCUUUUACUUAUAUCAAUAGGGCGCACUUCCUUCCUUAUAUCCUAUUCCGAUGUGAAUAUACCUGAAUGAUCUCUUUCAGCUCAACAUUGAUUCUCAAGACGUACAACCGACCAUGCUGUUCUACUUGUCGCGGAGCGAGUAUCAGUUUUCCUUUUUAUUAAUGAGAGG